AUGCGCUCAGCAUACGGCGUUGUGGCGCUUGCAAGCCUUGUUUCUAGUAGGCCGGCGCCCGAAUCAACACUUAUAAAAUCGCAAGCCCUCGCUCUCGCGUACGUGGAUCAAGAGACUGGCUUCACAUUUUCCGAAUCCAAAGCGGCAGCAACCCUCUCUUCCAACAUCAUCUACCGCAUAGCCACUCCUGCCAACGUACCUUCCGGACAGCCCUACGAUGUAGUCCUUCAGAUCGUCGCUCCAAACUCUAUCGGCUGGGCCGGACUCGCAUGGGGCGGCAGCAUGGUCCGCAACCCGCUCACAGUCUCUUAUCCAAACGGCCAGAAAACUACUGCAUCAUCACGCUGGGCGACCGGCCACUCAACCCCCCAAUCCUACACCGGCGCCACCCUCACCCUCCUCUCAAAAGGCAACAAAUCAAACUCCACCCACUGGCAACUCACCGCAAAAUGUACCGGCUGCACCUCCUGGAUCGGCACCUCGGGCGCAACGCGCAUCGAUCCCAAGGACCAGAAGCGCCUGGGCUUUGCAUGCGCGGCGGCGAAGCCGUCCAGUCCGGGGUCGAACACGUCGACUAUCCCUGUGCAUGAUGUGUACAACUACUUUACUCACGAUUUUGCGGCAGGCGCGAACGCGAAUUUUGCGAGUUUGUUGACGAAGAAUGGCGUUUCGGGGGGCGGGGCGGAGACGGGGAAUGUUACGAUGGUUUAA